GCGCUGUGCUCGCGCGCGAGACCGUGCCUAAUUUGGAAAGAUUGCAGACCGUGUCCUUGUCGAACGAAAUUCACCGUGUCCUUGUCGAACAAAAUUCAAUGGAGUGUCCAGUCCGGAUUGUUGCUUUCUGCUAUAUAAGAGGACGGAAGAGUAGUCGGCCAGAAUCUCCAUCAGAUCAAUUUGGGACGAAACAUCCAAUGUCUUCGCCAAGUUCGCCGGAGGAAGAAGCGUCGAGUUUGCCGGAGGAACAACAACAUCCGUCGAGCACUCCAAUGUCGCCUGCGGCGGCUACACCAGAGAAAACAGAUGACAUCGCUGAACUGAAGAUUACAGAGGAUUUGGGUAACCGACCUUCAAAAAAAGCAAAAAUUGCGGAAUUAGGUGUUCUGGAGCCAUCACCAAUGUCGCCAACUAUAUCAGCAUCUACACCAAUUUCUGGAUGUUUUGAAUCCAUUGUGCUGGAAUCAGAUAUUCAGAUAGAUCAUGAUCCAUUGCCAUCUCCUCCAUCCCCAUCUAGCUCAACAUUUUCUUCUGUUUUCUCAUUACAUGAUGUCAAGGAACUAGAUUCAAAUAAAGAGAUCAAAGUUGAUGAGACAUAUGAUUAUCUCCCACAAGAAUAUGAAUUAACCGACCAUGAUCUAUGUGCACAUAUAGCAAUAGAAUCAUCUUUAAGUAAAGAAUUGCUGGUUCAGAUAGAUGGAAGUUCUGUGAGACAAAAUCAAUUGAUGUGUCUGCUAGAUAAAAAACGAGUGGUUAAAUGAUGAUGUGAUCUAUGCAUAUAUAUGUUGUUUAAAGGACCAAAUUCAUGUACAGAAUGACAAUAAAGUAUAUUUUGAGAGUCCUUUUGUUACCUCACUAUUAAAACGGGAUGGUAACCUCGGCAUACAAGAAGAUAGUUCCUUUAUGACAAAGAUUGUCAAAAAAUAUAUGGAGCAUGACAUGAUAGAACUUCCAAUAAAUACCGGCAACACGCAUUGGUAUUUAGCUAUUGUGAAUACAAAAAAGCGUGAGAUUCAAGUGUUGGACUCAUUGUGCUGGAAGUUUGACCGAGAGGACCUUGCUAUUACGCUACGAGGAGUACAAUUUCAUUUGGAACUUCUUAAAAGUCAGAACUUGAUUAAGGAUGAUUGGAAAGACGUUGAUCUUACUGAAUGGAAGAUCACAGAACAAUUACAAUAUCCAAUUCAAAAAGACAGUACUUCUUGCGGUUUAUUUACGGUCAAAUUUAUGGAAUAUUUCACCGGAUGUACACUAUCCUGCCCAAUUACACAGGAAAUGAUUACUUCUUUUAGGUUUAAGUUAGCCAGCAUACUAUUAUGUUGGAAAACAAAUACUGCAUCAAUGACUACGAUCGUUGAAGAAAGUGACGAUGACAACAAGGGAGAUCCUGAUGAUGUUCAAAUAUUGGAAAGUGUAGAUGAUAUUAAAAAAACAAAACAAAAAAUCCCAUUAUCUGUUGAAAAUAAAUACAGAUCACUAAUAUCUAUUCUUUCUAAUAUGAGCUUACAUGAGUUAACAGGUGCACUCUGUAACUUCAUUAAAUCAAUCAAAUACACCGAGAUUUUAGAGAAAGUAUGGAUACAAAGUUCAAAGCCGUAUCCAAUUAGCUUGUCUCUCAGAAAGCUACAAGGAAUGCUAAAUGAUGAUUUACCCAUGGACCGAGAUUGCUUUAAUUUGGUCGUACGGAUGAUUAUGUUUGAUGACAUCCAAAUGGCACAAAAAACAAAACAAUUGAUAACGAAGCAUUAUGUUGACAUGAAAUUUUGGAUGACUACCGAUUUUGGACGACACCCAGAAUUUCGCAAAAAGUUAGAUGUGGACCAACUAGCAAAUUCUGUUCGCAGUUGGCCUGGUAUCAAAUAUAAUGUUUCAACAUGCAAAUCGAUUCAUAUUCCAGUACAAUCCAACGGUGAUUUCAUUCUAUUCACAUUGGACAAAGAUACCAGAACAGUCUACAUUUUGGACCCUACUCCUAUUAAUCCCAUGUACCAAUACAACCCACUCGCAAAAUAUGUGGAAAAAAUUAUAUGGAUUGCCAAGCACUUACCGAAAGCAAUGUCAAAAGCAUGCCCUGGAUCUAGAUGGAACGAAAAUAUUCUUCUAUGGCAUCAAAAAAUCCUAGAUGAUAUUCCAGUUUACAACAGGGAAAUGUCCGGUUAUCUUAUUCCCAUGUUCAUGUCCACAUGGGAAGAUGAAAAACCACAUUUGCCAUUUUUAAAGGAUGGAUAUGAACUCAGAAAACUAAUUUUGGGCCAACUGCUAACAUUCAAGGACAAUGAAUGUGAAGAUAACAUGCCCGCCGGUGUACUUGAAUUCAUCAGUUGUAUCAGGAAAAUCCAAUAUAAAACUGGACGUGCGUGCUAUUUCUGAAAAAAGAAGCUUCUCUGUUGGCCAGCAUCCACGGCGGUAGUUUCAGAUAUCCAGCAAAUGAAGGGCGCCUCAUAAUUCAUUGGAUAUAGAGUAGUUGGGUCAAUUACAUAUAGUUGGAUGUAAAUGACUUUCAGUUUCU